UUUACAAAUUAUUGGCAGUUCUAUGUAGAGUAAAUUACUAAUUUGUAACUUUUGACUUUGAGCUUAUUUAACGGAUGAGAACUAGCUGGGAUUUAUUUUAUAUUUAUUUAUUUAUGAAUGUGUUUAAAUAAGUAGCUUACAAAACUCAAGUACAUUUGAAAAGAAGUCAUGACGGGAUUAAUUAUCUAAAUCAGAACUCACUAAAAUAAUUAUACAAGAAUAAUGGUGAAUUUUUGUGGCCCAGCCUUCUUCUUCUAAUAUCUACUUGCAGGGCAUUGCUUGUUUCGACCUGAUCCGUCUAUCCUUGCUGCGCUGUUUUUUUUAUUAUUUUUUUGUUUGUAAUUUAAAGGAAAAUGCUAAAACUAUGCCUUCUCAUUUCCGCUGCGUGCCACCAUUUCGGUGGGGGAGAGAAGCCGUUUAAGGGGCAGGCGGCAGUUACGGAGCCGCACGCAGGUUCCGCCUUUGCAUUGAGAUUGUUUGUCAUAAACCAACUAAAAAAUCAGCUCAAACAAUAAUUUGAAUGGUUUGGGUUUGAGUUUAACCUAGUUUUACCCGCCUCCUACCGCCAGUCCUCCUACUCCUGGGCACCGGCACCCCCCACCAGGACAUUUUGUCAUCGACUUUAGUCGAUUUCUAAUCAUGCGGUUACGAAACAUGUCCACACUCCACUCCACUACACUCCACACGCCAUACCACUCGAGAGCCACCGCCACCGCUACCCCCAGUCCGGUUUCUGUUCCGUAACUGCUCUGGUCACUGGACUAUCUCUCAAUUAUGCUGCUGGGAUACACGGGGGAGGGGAGCGUGUUGCACCAUAAACGAUGAUUGUUUUAUCAGAGACUUGGUCGUGUUGAUAAACUGUUUUAGCAACAGCAGAAACAACAAAAACCAAAAAUGGGACUCCCCUAACCGCUUGUGACGGAACAGUUCUCUUUUUUUCAUUUUUUUUUGAUCCAAUACGCAUGUCCUGCGAGCUAAGGGUAGGAUUUUUGUCCUCAUACGAGUAUGUGUGUGUGUGUAAUUCCCUAAGAAUCCAUCAAGUGGGCGCUGUAUACAUAUAAUUAUGGUAUUAAGUACAAAAUCUUUAAUUUUCAUUCAAAAGUUGAAGACAUUCAGAUUUUUAAAAAAUGCCCUCGGAAGCAGGCAAUACUUUUCUAAGGGCAGUUUUAUCUGGAAUGCAUUUUUCCCUUUUGGUUGGACCUUAAACCAGUUUGUUAGCCACUGGAAAAGGUUAACACAUGUUUUGGCUAGAAGAGCAAACACCCCCGCACUCGGCCCCUCUACUUUCUCUUAUUCUCUUUCUCUCCGACGAACGCCCCCGCAGCGAGAAGUAAACAAAAUAGCAACAGAGCGUUGCGGCUGGCGGUGGGGGUGGUGUCUCUGGUGGUGGUUGUGGCUCUCUCUCUUUCGCGAGUACACGCUCUCUCUGUCGCUGUGUUGUGCAUAUGUGUGUGGGUGUCUCGACGGUGCCUGUGCAUCCUUUGGCGGGCAGGCUGGCAAUCGGAAAAACUGAAAAGCCCGAAUCAGUCUACAGAAAACGCGUACGUGGUGCAGAAGUAGCCGCGCGUGGCUACCACAACGUCGUUUAAGACUUGUCGGCAUGAUCGAAUAAGUGUAACGCCCCGUACAAGUUCUGUAAGUUUCCAGAAUCCGAAUCAGAAUCAGUAUCAGAAUGAGAAGCAUUAUUCAUAAGAAUCUGCCGAUUUCAGUGUUUCCAAAAGUGUUAAAGUGACAAAACUCAAGGAUUUGUAAGCCAAUAACAAUACGAAAACAAUAUAGUGGUGGCAAGGAAGCUAAUUUUUGUAUUUUUUUUUUUUAACCAGAAACUAUGUGCUAAAAACAAAUAAAACCUAAAUCGAUAUCUAUACCAAUAAAGUGCUUUAAUCGUUAACGAAAUCAAUAAAAUACUAGCCAUUAAUAUGCAUUAUCUGUGGAGUUUCCGUUUCCGUUCGAAGCGCGUUUACGCUGGCACACGUUUACACUUAGGAUUAAAGAUGCUCUCUCUGGCCAGAGACAUUUAAUAUCAUCCAAAAUGGCUGCAUCCAUAUAUGCCACCCCACCGCCAGAUCUGAGCAGCGAGGACACUGCUCUCUCCGAUGUCUCCAACUCGUCGACACUCAACACGAACCGAGGCAGCAACAACAGCAACAAUACCCAUGAAGCCACAAGAGCAACAGCAACAGCAGGAACAGGAGCAGGAGCAGCAGCAGGAGGAGACGGCACCAUUUCACCCACGGAGCAGUUGGUCAAGGGGCAGGAGCAGGAGCCGAGGCCGAAGCCAGCGGGAAGCAGCACAAAUGAGGCAGACAAUGCCGAAGACGAUAUUGAAACGGAAACGGGAGAGGGAAAUGGAGAUAGAGUGGAGGAUGGAACGGGUCUGGAAGCAGCAGCGGAAACGGAAGAGGGGGCCACCAUGGCGGCCAUGGCAGCGACGGCGGCAGCGGCAGCCAAUGCGGCAGCCAUGCAGCUGCAGCUGCUGGAAGCCCUCAGCGAUGCGGCCAAGAAGCGACGCAAGCAGCACAAUCCCAUUCGCCUGGAGGCCCUCAACCUCAGCGGAGGCGAAGGCGAACCACCAGCAGAGAUCGAGGAUCGCAGGCAAGACACUGCCACCCGGGUAGACUACGAGGAGAAGCUAUCGAAGAUGUUCCUGCCCAAGUCGAUGGAGAAACUGAAGGAGACCUUCGAGCUCCUGCAGCAGCACAAGCAAGAGGAGCCCGAGCAGAAUUCAGAUCCUUCCAGCGAACACAUAUCAGAGGACAAGCAUCAGAAUCAGCAUCAGCAUCAGCGGCGGAAUCCGUAUCAGACCUACUGCAAGCAGUGCGGCGAGAAUUUCGAGACCGAGUUCAAGCUCAGCCUCCACAUGCUGCAGGACCAUCGUGAGGGAGAGAAUCAGGAUCAGGAUCGGGAUGGGAACGAACCCAUGGACUUUCUCAGCUCAAUCAAGGUGAAGCUGGAGCGGGAGGAGAGCCCCAAUCAGAUGCAGGAACAUAUGCAGAUGCAGCUGGACCACGACCUGUCCAAUGGCCAUGGCAAGGAGCAGGAGCAGGAACAGGAGCAGGAUCACUGGUUCCGUGCCAUGGCCCAGCAACAGCAGCAUCAUUCGCAUGGCUCGGCCCUGGCGCCCGCCUUUCCCUUUCCACCAGGCAUGGGCCCCGCUGGAUAUCUGCCGCUCCUCGGCAUGUCGGGGUUCCCCGGCGUGGAUGGAUUGAAUCGUCCACCGUUGCGCAUCUUCAAUCCGGAGGCCUACUGCGAGCUGUGCAACAAGGAGUUCUGCAACAAGUACUUCCUCAAGACGCACAAGGCCAACAAGCAUGGGAUCUUCGAUCCCGUGGGAGAGCCCCCAUCCAAUACUUCCAACAACAACAACAACAACAACACCACAAGCAGCAACAACAACAGCAACAGUGGCAGCUCCAUGAGCCACAUGUUCCAGCUACAGAGGGAGGCCCAGCCACCGCCGAGUGUGGCUCAGAAAACGGAUCAGUCCGCGGCGGCACCGCCGGCGGCCACGAUUCACUGCGACAUCUGUUCGAAGCGAUUCACCAACAUCUUUGCCAUGCGACGCCACCGAGCCAAGCAGCACGACCAAGCCGCUGACUCGUCGCCAAACUCCCAGCCUGGCCAGUCGCGACGCGGCAGUCCCAUUGAGUCGUCGCCCCAGAUCCAGUCCCUGACGCACCAGCCCAUCAAGCAGGAGACCCAGACAGAGGUGGACAUCCCUAAGCCCUUCCAGCUGCCCGAGGGAUUCCGCGAGGACUUCUCCUUGGAGCAGGAGGAGGUGAACUUUGUGCCGCCGCCCCGAAAGCUGCCGUCGCACCUUCAGCAGCAGGCCAGGGAGUCCAACCUCAGUGCAGAGAAGCUGCGACGUCUAGGCAUUCAUUUCCCGGAGUUCUACUGUGAGAUGUGCCACAAGGAGUACGCCAACAGGUACUUCCUGCGCACCCACAAAUGGAAGCGGCAUGGGAUUUUCGUGCCCCCGGAGGAUUUGCCGCAGAUUGGCAAGGACGAGGCACAGUUAAGUGGCUGGCCGUUUAUGCCCCUGAAUCUGAUGCUGGCCAAGGCAGCGGCCGCCGCUUCGAUGGAACAGACAGAGGCAGACCAGGAGCCUGAGCAGGAGCCAGAGCCCGAGCAGGAGCAAGAUCUGAUCGAACAGCCCAGCAAGCGGAUCAAACUGGAACCUGACCUGGACGAGGAGAAGCUAAACGGGUCCGUGAUGGGGCUGCAGAACCUCCAGAAGUUGCAAUCGAUGCUGCAGCAGCUCAACGACAUCAACGGGAAGAGACCCCUGCCCUGCCACCUGUGCGGCCGGGAGCUGGAGAACCAGUACGCUCUUCGAGCGCAUCUUAUGACGGAGCACGCCGCCCAGAUGCAGCUGCCGAUGCAGAUGCCUCUACAGAUGGCACCCAUGGCCAUGCCACUGCCCGAACAGCAUCCGCAACAGCUGCCCCUGCACGCCCUCUAUCAGCAGCAGGCAGCACCACAAACGCCCCCGAACGGAGGGGCUGGAGGAGCCAGAUCCUCGCCAGGCAGUGGCGAGGAAUUCAAGCAACAUAUCGCCGAGGCGCACAUACCCAGGGGAGCGACCGCUCCGAGUGGGAGUCCACUGCGCGAGGGCUUCUACACGCCUGAGCGUCCGGUGGCAACACCCGCAGGCACUGGCAGUGUCCCCGUUCCGCCACCGAAUCGGCCGGCCUACACGAUAACGCCAACGAGCAGCUACUGCGAGAUCUGCAACAAGGAGCUGUGCAACAAGUACUUCAUGAAGACCCAUAUGCAGCGGAUGCACGGCAUCGAGAUCGAGAACGGUGCCCAGAUCGGGGGCGUUGUGUGCAACAUCUGCAACAAAGAGCUGUGCAGCAAGUACUUCCUGCGCGUCCACAAACACAACACGCACGGCAUAAUCGAGGAGGGCUCGCCCCUGCCGCAGCCGCGAGGACAGAACGGCGUCAAGCUGGAGGCGGCGGCCGCAGCCGCAGCGCAACAGGCUCCGCCAACACAGCCGGAGCAGGAGCUAAAUCUGACUCCUCCCGCAGCACCAGGCGGAGAGACCAACUCCGGCAGUGGCCACGAGGUGUGUCCGCUGUGUGCGCGACAAUUCCGCAGCUUCAAGUGGCUCCGCUCGCAUCUGAUGAACGAACACGGACCGGCCGGAGUGGAGCGACUCAGGGAGCUGGAAUCCACGCAAGCAGCUCCGGCGCCGGCUCCAUCCGCGCGCAGCAAGCCCAACAGUCCUACGCUCAAGAUACCCAAUGGGAGCAACAGCAGCAGCAAUGCUCCAUCUGCAACGCCAUCCGCGGGCGCUGGCAAUCCUCCACCCAAUCUCGCCCAGGCUCUACAGAAUCUUAAUGCGCAGCAUCUUUUCGGACAGAUGCAGCAGCAGCAGGGGCCCAAGGGUAUGCAGGGCAUGCCACCAAUGCCACCUCUGCCUGGGAUGUUCGGGGAGCAAGCGCCACGCUUCAAGGAGUACCAGUGCUCUUUGUGCCCCUUCACCACGCCGUAUUACGCAUUCCUCUUCAUCCACGAACGCUCGCAUGCCCUACUCAAUAGUGCCGAUGGGGUUGAGGCUUCUUUGGAAGCGCCACCGCCACCCCCAGCAGGACGCAGUCAAGGCAAGUCCCGCAGCAAGUCCAGUCGGGUGGCAGCAGCUCCGCCAGCUGUAGAAGAAGCUGAUCUCCACGUGGAACCCACCAACCUAAGCACCUCCAAGGCCACAACCCUCCAGAGAACCCACUCUCCUCCACAACACACACCAGGAACUCCCUCACCGAAGGCCACGGGCCGCUCCCAGUCGCCGAUGGCCGCAUCCAAGAACCGCUCACCAAAUCCAGGACGUCGCUCCUCCAAGUCCAUCACACCCAACGGGAUCGGAGGCGGCCAUCGGUCGGCCGCCACCUCGCCCUUUGAGGUGUGCAGCGAUCUGGCCAACGGCACCGGAAAGCCGGCAAGCUACGCUCAGCCGGAUCGGGCCGAAGAAGCAUAUCAGAUGCAGGCUUUCCAUCUGCAGCCAGCCGAUCCCGACUCGGAGAUGCAGUUUGCCCCGGCUCUGGUCUAUCUGCCCGUGAGGGUGCGGGCCUCGGAAUCGGCCACGUUGAGCUUCAGACUAACACCAGCCUAAGGACAAGGACGGGGAAAUGAAAAUGCAACCCCAUUUUACAGUGUUGCCAGCGUAAGUUCAACCCAAAAUACAACCCUGAUACAUUUAUCGAGAUCCUCCAUGAAACGAAAAAAUUAAAGCUAAAGUGACAGAUAACAGAAAAGAAAAUAAGAGUUAGGAACAUGAACAAGAGACAAAAUAGUGGAACUACAAAAGACUGAGUGCGCAUAUUAGUUGAGCUCAUAAUUAAACUUAAAUAUACACCCCUAACAAAUACAAUACAAAUAAUAACAAUUACAAUCGAUCAAUACCAAUCGGUAGUCGCAGAAAGCUAAAAGUUCACCAUGUCUAACAUGGAUGAAAGUCUAUAAACCAUAACACUAUAACCGAACAAGAACAAGUCCGUUUCAGCUGGCAGCACUGUGCUAGUCGUCAUCAUAUAUACACAUAUGUAUGUAUGUAUAUUUUGAUGGAUCCAAGGCAUAGCAUAAACCGUAACCUAUAACAUAUAUAUCUCUAGUGAUUAAAUAUCAAAGUUCCUAUGCGUAAUAGUAAUUUAUCGUAAAAGAGUUGCAGUCGAGAGAGCACAGGAUGUGGAGAGAGGAAAUCUAAAUACGUACAUACAUGUAUAAGGUGGGGUAGGCAGAGGAUGAUGGGCAUUCAUAUAUACGAGUCAAAGGAUAUAUAUCGUAGUAGCAGCAUCAGCAGCUUCAAAUCAAAAUUACAAUUAUACAUUUCUCAUCUACUAGAUAUCGUGUGGUCUUAAAAUAGGGCUGAACCCACACAAAAAUUGUAGGCAUAAACUAUGGUAAAGCUUCAGCACAAUGAAAUUGCUCAAAAUCAAAAAUUUUUUAGCGAAGACUUCACUCUGGGAAUGUCCAGAAUGUCUCCAUUUCCUUCGAUUCUCACUUUGGGAAAAACAUCCUCUAUAUCGUAUAAAGGCACUAUAAUCUUAACCGAAACUGAAUAACAAAUCUUAUAAACAAUGUCUUCAAUUUUGAUGAGAUUUUUCCCGACCAAAACUUGUACAUAAGGAUUGUUAAAAGAGAACUCCAGGGGAAAUUCCGAUUUUAGAUGAAAAUUGAACAGAGUUAGCGGGGGUAUUAGAGGGAUGUAAUGUUAUAAAAGCAGAGGAAGAUGAUUAGAGAGAGGGAUUGAAGAAAAGGAAAAUUGCGCCAGAAGGUAAAAAAUAAGAACACACAAAAACAACUCAGGGCAAAAGUACAAUGACCAUUAGUACUUUUUUAUACAAACAUAUUUAAAGAAAGGAAAACCAAUAAGAAUAAAUAAAUAUAAAUAUGAAAACGAUAAACGAGUAAAAAUAAUAAUAGUAUAUAUUAUGAAACGUUAAAAAAAAAAACAUAACAAAAAUUGCUACCUCAGACGGACUUGAAAACAAUAAUUUAAAUAAAAUGAAUUUAUAAAGAAAAAAUCUAUAUAAAAUCUAUUAAACCGAAACCGCAUCGAAAGGAAAGAAACCUUAAAGCUAAAUAAGAAUUUUUUUGUAGUAAAUUUACCUCAGAGCAGAACAACUAAAGUUUAGAUAUACAUAUGAUUUAAUAUAUUAAUAUAAUAUUUCGCUUGGUUUAAUUAAAAUUUUAAGUUCAAACAUUCCAAAGACCAAAACUAGUCGCCUAACCACUAAACACAUUCUAGUCAAACUUAUGGAGAUACAUACUAUAUACAUAUACAUAUAUAAAGAUCGAACCAGAAGCCAAAUCGGAUCGAUCAACUCUUCAGUUUUGGGCAACGAUUCUUGCAGAUUAUUUUAUAGUAUUUAAGGCGUUUGUUCUUCGGCAAGAAGAGUUUCCCUCGAAGAGUUGAUGAUAGGACCGAGUCGAGCCUGGGACCCGGCGUUGAUGAAUUUGCUAUAUUUGAAAUUCCUUUUUUUAAAAACGUGUGUUUUUUAAAAUGCUGCGUGCCUUUUAGCAAAUACUUCGCCGAGUCCCCACAAAACACAACUUAAGGGAAAUCUAAAAUCCAAUAUUUAAAUCCAUAUAGAAAAAGUACUACAUUUUUUUUUAUAUUCCACUUAUUUCUUAGUUCUUAUAAUAUAAUUUCAUAUGUGUGUAUAUAUUACGAAUAAAUGUCUACAUUUGUAUUUGUUAAACUUGAGUUUCGUUUCUUUUUUUACUUUCAAUUCAAAAAUUGUGAUUUCCAAAUUGAUCAAUUACCAGAUUACAUUUUUUAUUCUUUGAUUGAAGCGUGCCAGACCCGUGGACCUACUUCAGAAUCUUAAAAUCACACCGUGAUUACCCGAGAAGUUUCCCUUGAUAGGGGAAGACCUUUCCCAUUGUUUUGGCUUCCAAUAGGGGACCUUCAUCUCUCCGAUGGUUGUAUGCUGGUCCAAGGCCUUGGCGACAUCAAUUAUUAAAUUGCCAUUUGAUUCAAUUUGUCAAGAAUGCCUGGAGCGAAAUGUCUUGCGAGUAGAUAUGGUUAGGCACUUUAAAAAACAAAAAAACUCAUUCGCAGCUGUUCCCCCCUAAUUCUUCCCGUUUUUGAAUAAAACCUACGAGCAGCACCCUCAUAAAACAUUCCGAACAAAAAAAAAAAACACAAUAAUAAGUAAAACUGUUUCCGGUUUUGGGACACGCAGUGACCAACACACCCCUGAUUAGUAUGUUUGCUUUAAAAAAUACAUCUACAUGAGAGUGUAGCCCGCUGAAAAAAUGAGAGAAAAGCGCGAUAACAAAAACCCAGCAUGGUCCGGUGAGGGUCAAGUCGGCAGGGUCAGCAGCUGCUGUUGUAAAAAAUUCCAAUCCAAAAUCAAAAUCUAUAUACAUUAAGCCAUAGCGCUAUUGAUUAAAAGUAGCCACACCCUGAGGCGCAUGGAUAUCUCCCGUUUUCGGCAGUUAAUUAUUUGUCACGUGUCCAUGCAAAUUUCAUCUCAUUGAUUACGUACAGACAUCCGAUACUUUUACGGGCGCUGCUGCAAUUAAAGAUUGGGCCGCGGGGGUUGCUGCCACGGACUCGGACCUCGGACCAGGGGAUGGUAGGCAAAUUUCAUAAAUAUUUUUCCGACAUUUUUGCCCAAAUCUUUUCUAUUGAAUUUUGAUGGCAAUUUGGGAAAAUCGUCUGGCAGCAAUUUUUAGGGCGCAAAGUCAGCCCCGACAAAUACUACCCCAUGGAGUCAGGUCAGUCCCAGUUCCCCUCCCAGUCCCCGUACCGAUACUAUAAGGGUGUUCCCUCUAUUUGCAUGCUUAAAAGUGAACUGGAAAACUGCAAUUUAUGAAAAAUCAAAUGAAAAGGAAAGAAUUGCAUUCGCUGAGGGUGAUUUAGCCGGAAUCGCAUCCCCUCUUACAAUAUGAGCAAAUUUUGCUAUGCAAAUUCUCGAAUUAUUUUUGGGUCCCUUCCUGGGUUCUGGCAAAUGAUUUUCCAUUCAUUUUAUUUCGUUCAAAUUUUCCUAUAAUUUUCAACCCCUCACAAAGAUGAAGAAGAAGAGCGCACAAAUCAAAAAAAAAACGCAAA